AUGCAUAAGAAUCAAAUUCAAAAUACUAGUACUCGUAAACCUUCUAAUAGUUAUUUAAAAACAGAGUUCAGUUGUUCAUCUUAGAUUAAAGAUUUAAGAUAUACAACUGACCCUUCACCUAACAGGAGCAAUAAAGAAAAUGUUGUUAAACCAUCUUAUCUAAAAGCAACUCUCCAAAAUCAUUUAAUUAAAUAGGAUAGAAAUAUCACUCCAAAUGUUGCCAAAGGAAGUGUUAUAAGUUUGUUUCUUAGAUAAAAACAAGAAGAGCAAUAGACAGAAAUUAAAUUGAAUUCUUGUUAAAUGCAUAAAAAGAAAUUGAAAUAUGAAAUCAAUUAAUAAUAAAUGUGUAGUAGAUGUGCAAUAGAUUAUGCAAUCUAAUCUGGAGUGCCAAUUCGUUAUAAUGAUUUAGAAAGAAAAAUGCUCACAUUUGGAUAAGAUGAUGAACAUGAAGAAUUUUAGACUUUUACUUAAAAUACUUCGAAAGAACUUCAAUAUAUCUCUAAUAUACAAAGCUCCUCUGAUGGAAUCAUUAAAAAAAAGGAGUUAAAGGAUUUUAUUAUGAAGGUUGGAGAUGUUAUCAGUUAAAAUAUGUAAUUUUUAAGAGUAAUUCAACAGUAAUCUCUGAAUCACGAGAAUCCAAAAUAAUAAGUAAACAAAAUAUUAGAUGAAUUAUAAAUUAUGAGUAAGUCUCUUCUAAAUGAUUUAUUUGGUAAAUAAUAAACUAAAAGUUAAGAUUCUUUGAGUAUUUCUAAUGAUCUUCCUCAAUAGAUUAAUCUCAACAGCUUUAAAUCAAUUGUUACUUAAUAAAUAAAUGAUCUCUAAAAUAUCAAAAAAGAUAUUAUGGAGAACGUUGAUAAUAUCAUAACUUAAAUGGAUGUAGCUCCUUUCAAAAUUAUAAUAAAUAAAUAUAGUGAAAAAUUAAAAGCUUUUGAGACAACAUUAUUUGAAAUUUAAGAAUAAUGUAUUAUUUCAUGUUAAUUUAGAUAAAUAACUACCUUAAUAAGCAGAAAAUUUAACUGUUAUAAAAAAGAUGAGAGAUUUGAAUUUUUAGAAAAAAUUAUCAAAGCUAUUUAAUGAAUUAUUAGAAAGUUCAACAUAAAAAACAAACUAAUAGUCUGAUUAAGGUAAUUUAAUAAAUUAAAAACAAUAGUUAACAACAAUACAAAAUUUAUUUAACUAUUGUAAAAAGUCAAUAGUAAUUAAAAUACAAAUACAAUAUUUUAUUCAUCUAUUUUAAAAGUACUUAAAAUAAUUGAAAUUAGGAUAUAAAUUCAGAUGAAAAACCCAAGUAAACAAAAGGUAGAUACAAGCCUUCUUAAUGA